AAUUUCUAACGUGCUGGUCUGCAAUGUAACGGAUCGGGUGUCAUUUUGGUUUGUGGUCACAGAUUCUUCCAAAAAUGUGACGACUGUUCCUGGAAGUGAGGUGGAGGCAGCCAUCAGGAUGAACAGGAACAGAAUCAACAGUGCCUUCCUACUGAGUGACAAAACACUGCAGUUCCUGAAGAUAACCUCAACCUUAUCACCUCCUGUUGAACCCUCCACGCCUGUCUGGCUUAUCGUAUUUGGUGUUGUUCUUUGUCUCAUUGUGGCUGGAAUUGUUUUCCUUGUUGUUGCGGGGAUUCAGCAGCGCAAGAAGAAGAAUAAAGAGUCAACGGAGAGAGAAAAUUUGGAAGAGAAAGGCGAAGUGACAGGAACAUUAGAAAAUGGGAUUCCUUGCGAAGCGCUGGAUUUAAAAGCCGGCCACAUUAACGGGGUCUUUGCAGCAGAUGAUGAACGGUUCACAUCCUUAUGAAAUGCUGCCAUUGCUAUCUGGCGUUUUUUUGAAAGACUCCUGUGCCUGCCUUAUCUCGUCACUGCUCCUGAAUGUCAAACGUGAAGACAAGAAAAAUGUCCUUUCACUUAAUUUCCCUCGAGAGAACCUUUUGCUGAUAACACAUACACUCGAACCUCCAUUACAAAGCUUUUGUUCAUGAGCAAAGCAAAUGAGAAGACCUCAAAUGAUAUCCAUUAAAGAUUUCCAGAAGAUGUGCGGCGGAACAGGGUUGAAACCUGCCUUGUGUCAGGCAUUUAAUUUUUAAUGA